GAAAGAGGGAUUAUAGUCUUUCAGUGACAGAGACUGUUCAACUUAGUAGAGCUGUCUUGUUAGUGAAUGCUGAAUGUUACACAGUGUGGAACAUAAGGUAAAUUAAGGUAAAGAGGUGCCUCAGAGGGACGGCCCAGGAUUGUAACCUGUUUCAAGUGGUUGUGUCUCUUAGGCCUGAUUGCUGUAUACUGCCAUAUCUGAACCCAGUUUCUGUAGCAUAAAACCUUAAGCAUAUAUAAAUGAUAACUAGCAAACCCUUAGGAGAACUUAGCAGAAUGCUGGGUAGUGGGAGAAGGGUGACAAUCCCAUACAAGAAGAGUGGAAAUAUGCUUGGUCCAAAAACUUGGAUAGGCUCCACCAGCAUGCGUUUCUGGGCUUAUGGAAUUCUUUAGGUCACUCUCUUAAAUUGUGCAAUUCAGUCAGUCUUCAAAAAUCUCCUGAAAACCAAACUACUCAAAGAAAUGUAAUUUUCUAUUUCAGUCUAUAUUUUUAUAAUUUUUAGAACCUUAGCAGAUGUUAUGAGUCUUAGGAUCGUAUUUCAGUCAUUGUUAUUCUUAUUUGUGAUUAGUAACUCUUGUAUAUUGUCUUUGAAAAGCCUCCUUUGGGGAAAGUCAAUUAAAAAGGAACUGAUAUCUGCAGGAAUUUUAAGUCUGGAAGAUGACAUCAAGUUUUCAGCUCUUGUUCUUUCAAAACACCCGAGGAGUGCUGAGACAUUUGCUCACAGGAGGUGGACAAUAGGACAACUUGAAAAACAUAAAGGCCAGAAUGAAUUUGUUCAUUGUUGUUUGAGAAGUGAACUUGCCAUCUCCCUACGAGCUGCUGAGAGUUAUGCUGAUAACUACACUGCAUGGAGUCACAGAUCAUGGCUGGUGGAGAGAUUCAUGAAAGACAUGAAAAAAAGAUUGUUUUGUGAACUUCAAGUUAUGAGAAAGUGGACAGAAAGGCAUAUAUCUGACAAUUGUGGCUUCCAUCAUAAACAAGUGUUACUGAAAUAUCUCAAGAAUGUAUGUUCAAACAGUGAAGUUAUUCAUUUGCUGCUAUCAGAGUUGGAAUUUACCAGUGAUCUUAUUUUGACCUUCCCAGGGCAUGAGGUUGUUUGGUAUCACAGGAGAUUUGUAUAUUAUUUUUGGAAUCAGUUCUGUACUGCUGGCACCUCUUUGGGCACACUGCAAGAGGUAUCAGGUUCUUUGAAGAUUGGUGAUGACAAUUCCUCAGAAAAUUGUAACAGAACAUCAAGAUCUCCCUCAUCAACUAUUCCUUCACUAUUUGAUUUAGCAAGUGCCUCGUUCAACUUGUUAAGAGAGCUGAAAUUUGGCUUUAAUUCAUGGACCUCAGUUACUAAAGAGUUGACAAAUGACAGAUUUGUGCCUCUGUCCACCCCCUCUGAGUUGAGGUUUUGUAAUGAUGUAAUUACUAGAUGCCAGAGUGAGGUACAGAGGAGAUGUGCAUCAAAUUAUAAACAGUGGUUGCUGCUGCAAAGUAAAUAUUCAGCUAAUGACUGCAAUGUAGCAAGGUCAAGUUCUGGAGAAGCAGCCACAGAGAGCUGGCAGGAGAUGUUUGUUUGAGUCCCCAAAGCCAGUCAUUCAUCAGAAGUGGGAUCAUUUCUGAAGCAGAGUUAAUUAUCCUGUUAACAUAUGGCAUCCAUAUGCAGCUAAAUUAGGAUAAGUGCUUUUCUGCCAAGUCUAGGUAAUUACAAGUAAUACUUGUCGAUAAGCAUAAAGAUUGACAAUUUGGUUUUCGAGGGUUCCCAUAUGUCUUCAGUGCAGAACUGAUGGAUUCAAAAGUGCAUGCUGAAAAGAUUUUGUUUAGAAAGUAGAAUGGAAUUGUCAUUUAUAGGCUUCAGCAAAAAGAAAAAAAAACAUUAUUAGGAUCUAUAGAAUGUAGGAAUCACUCGGCAUUGCUCGAGUAUAAUUCAAUGAAUGAAUGGAAUUAUUCAUAGAAAAUGAUAGGUUUUGUCUUUUGAAGACAAAAACAAAAGUUUCACCAAAGGAAAGGUAAAAGACUUUCAUUUACCCUUUGACCAGCGAGAGGGACUGGUCUCUAAUUUCUACCUAUAUUAUCAGCCUUGGGUCAAAUAUAAGAUUCAUGAGAGUGCAAGAAAAUAAUGAUCAUCAACUUAAAAAAAAAGCUCUUGAUUGUCAAACAAUUUCUCCUUGUCAGCACCUUAGGAAAUGUAUAGAGAACAGUAUGAAGAAUAUUCAUACUGAUGUUAGGGUGCAAAAGGUUGAAUUGUCUCAGUAGAGACAUCAAUUAAAGGAUUGUGCAAUCACAGGGGGCCCAUACAAGCGGCGUGUCUGGUCGUUG